AAGGAGGAUUCACUGGAAAGUGACGGGAUGGCAAAGAUGACGCCGUCGGUGCUGCUGCUGUCGGCUCUGCUGGCUCUGUCCUCCGCCAGCCUGCAGGACAUCGUGAAGAGGAACGUCGUGAAGAGGAACGUUGUGAAGAGGAGCAUCCACUCACAAGGAGACGUGGGGCCGGGCCUCUUCGGGUAUAACGUGAAUCUGCAGUGGCAGUGGUCGACCGGCUCACUGCCCAACGGUGCCGUGUCCAUCUACAACCACUACGAGGGGCGCACAGACUACGUCUGCAAGUCCGACUGUGAGCCUGGCUUCUACAACCCCAGCCUGGGCCAUUACUGCCACUACCCCUAUGGAGACCGCGAGCACAAAGCCACCCAGUUCGACAUCCUGGUCAACAAGGACCACUUUGAGGUCCUGGAGUGGAAAGAAGAUUCCUGGGGCUCGGUGCCGUCGCACUCGGUCCGGACCUGCAUGGGCGUAAACACCUACGUCGGGAAGAACAAGUACGGCCUCGGGAAGGUGGUUCCCCGCCACAAGGCGUUCUUCCUGCCCUCGGAAGGUAAAGAGUACUAUUACAAGUCCUACGAGGUCCUGGUCAUAAACAGGGACUACUACCGCCAGCACAUCAGCAACGUCAACUAUGCCAACAACGCCAUCCCCGUCCAAAACUUGCCUGAGACCAUGACCAAAUCCAGCAUCACCAACAAUGAUUGCCAGGUCGUGAAGAAGACAGUCACCCUCUCCACGACCACGGAGGUUCAGAGCACCUGGAACAUCGGCCGCUCCACCACGGUGGGCGUCACCAGCACUAUCUCUGCCCAGAUCCCCUUCACCGCCUCGUUGUCCGUUACAGUCGAAAAUGUGCAACAUUCUUCCGAGGGAAGCACCCUGAGUAAGUCGUACAGCCCCUCUGUGUCCGUGGAGGUCAACAUCCCACCCAACCACUCCUGCACCGUCCGCAUGGAGGGACGCAAGGGGAAGGUCGACAUCCCCUACACGGCCACCCUCAGCCGGACCUACAACAACGGCCAGACCCGGUCAACGUACAUCUCGGGGAUGUACAAAGGAGUCCAGACUGGGGACAUCCGGGCCGUGGUGGACCGCUGUGAGCCCGUGGCCAACCCCAAACCUUGCCCCUUAAAGACUGACAGAGGAUCUACGUUUCUGACUGAAUAUUGAAGUAAAUGACGUCACAAUAAAGAUCCUGCAUGCCAACCAGUGCUUGUUUGGGCUUUGAAUGUUGAAUAAACUUCCUUUUUCACUUUA